UGAUCACCGACAACUUUCCUCUCGGAUUAUGAAGGCGAACUAUAAGUUCUCCAACAUUUGCGGGACCGUUUAUCGGCAAGGGAACAUUCUCUUCACUUCGGAUGGGAAUUCGUUGCUUAGCCCAGUCGGCAAUCGAGUCUCUGUGUUCGACUUGGUGAACAACAAAUCCUUCACUCUCCCGUUCGAGAACCGCAAAAACAUUGCAUCGCUUGCUCUAAGUCCAGAUUCCAAUGUUCUCAUCUCGGUCGACGAUGAUGGCCGCGCCCUUCUAGUCAACUUCCGUCGAGGAGUCGUUCUUCAUCACUUCAACUUCAAAAAACCGGUCAAGGACAUCAAGUUCUCUCCGGACGGCAAAUACAUCGCGAUAACGCAUGGUACCCAUGUCCAAGUGUGGUGUACACCGAACCAUCUCGCUCGCGAGUUUGCCCCUUUCAACCUACACCGAACGUAUACCGGCCAUCAUGAGGAGGUCCUGAGUAUUCAGUGGUCAAACGACUCGACAUGCUUCAUCUCUACCUCCCAAGAUAUGACCGCUCGGCUAUUCACGCUGAACCCCGUUGAAGGGUUCAGACCAAAGACAUUCGCCGGUCACAGGGAUGCCGUUCUCGGUGCAUAUUUCUCAGCCGAUGGAAACACAAUAUACACAGUCAGUCGUGACGGCGCUGUCUUCACGUGGAAAGAAAAGGAGUCGGAGGAAGAAAACGAAGACGAUGACGAACCUGUGGCCUCGAGCUCUAAAGGGACUGAUGCCAACCGAAUCGCCAACACUCGAUGGGGUGUGCACAAACGCCAUUACUUCAAGCAGGCUAACACGAAAGUGGUGUGCGGGACCUUCCAUGCUGCUUCCAAUCUGCUUGUUGUCGGGUUCUCCACCGGCGUAUUUGGGCUCUGGGAGAUGCCCGCCUUCUCAAACAUCCACACACUCAGCGUCUCGCAAGAAAAAAUCACCUCGGUGGCGAUCAAUGCAUCGGGAGAAUGGCUGGCAUUUGGGGCGCGGAAGAUGGGGCAGCUGUUGGUCUGGGAAUGGCAGUCGGAGUCAUAUGUUCUCAAACAGCAGGGCCACUUUUACGACAUGAAUACCCUGGCUUAUUCGCCGGACGGGCAGACUAUUGCUACCGGAGGUGAUGAUGGUAAGGUCAAAGUCUGGUCGACGCAUACUGGCUUCUGCUUUGUCACCUUCAGUGAACACUCGGCGCCUGUUUCUUGUGUCGAGUUCGCCAAGCACGGGAGUGUUUUGUUCACCGCGUCUCUUGAUGGGACAGUGCGGGCAUAUGACCUAGUGCGCUACCGCAACUUCCGGACGUUCACGUCGCCUUCCCCCGUCCAGUUCUCUGCCCUGGCCGUGGAUCCUUCGGGCGAAGUCGUCGCAGCUGGAUCGACCGACUCGUUCGAGGUGUUUUUGUGGUCUGUACAGACCGGGAAGCUGCUCGACAUCCUGACGGGACACGAGGGUCCCGUGAGCUCGCUCGCUUUCUCGCCAGCAGGCGCGAAUCAGCUCGUCAGCGGCUCUUGGGACCGCUCAGUCCGCGUCUGGAGUGUGUUCGGGCGUUCGCGGGCUGUGGAGCCCUUCGCACUCAAUUCGGAUGUGCUCGCUGUCGCGUUCCGACCAGACGGCAAAGAACUUGCUGCUGCGACUCUGGAUGGGCAACUCUCAUUUUUCGAUAUCGAGUUGAGCAAACAAACGAACACGAUCGAGGGCAGGAAAGAUGUGUCCGGUGGCAGGAAGGCUCACGACCGCAAUUCUGCCGCGAACAGUACGUCGGGUAAAGCGUACAACAGUUUGGCAUACACUGCCGAUGGUCGAUGCGUUCUAGCCGGCGGGAACAGCAAGUAUGUUGUCCUGUACGAUGUGCGGGACGGAGAAGGUGUCAUGGUCAAGAAAUUCCAGAUAUCCGAGAAUCUGUCAUUGGAUGGGACCGAGGAGUUUCUCGAUAGCCGCAAGGUUAACGAUGCAGGAAUUAACACGGACUUGAUCGACACUCAUGGGGACGACAGCGACCUGGAAGAUCGGUUGGACGUCAGCCUCCCUGGAGCAAGUCGAGGUGCCGGUGACAUGUCUAUCAGGCGCUACCGUCAAGAGGCGCGGACCAAAUGCGUUCGGUUCUCUCCCACUGGACGUGCUUGGGCUGCGGCUUCAACCGAAGGUCUUCUGAUCUACUCCCUGGAUGACGCAGUCGCCUUCGAUCCUUUUGACCUGUCCAUGGAUUUGACCCCGCAGGCAAUCCAAGACACACUCGCUGAUGGAGAGUAUCUCAAAGCACUCGUGAUGGCUUUCCGUCUGAAUGAGAAACCACUCAUUCAAACUGUGUUUGAGGCUGUCCCUCGGGCCGAUAUCCGUCUCGUCGCUCGGCAACUUCCCGUCAUUUACGUGCCUCUCCUCUUGAGAUUCGUCGCAGAACACUUAGCACGGACGCCGCACCUCGAGUUUGAUCUUCUUUGGACAAAUACUCUCCUGAUGGCUCACGGACGUAUGUUGCGCGAUCGUUCAGCUGAAUUUGCGAGCGUUUUCCGAGUGUUGCAAAAGAGUCUGGCGGAUUUCGAACAGUCCAUUUCUCGCAUCUGCGAGGAAAACGGCUCGACACUGGCAUAUUUAAUGGACCAAUCCAAGGUCCAAGUCACGAGAGGGAGCGAGGAUAUUGAAAUGAAUGCUGCAUGAUCGCUUGUAUCAAAAUAUUGAAGAUUCACGGUGGAAAAUAAAGAGCAAUGGCCGGAACAUUACUCUGGUGCUCGUGGAGCGAAGAGAACAUGUCAAAACGCGGCGGGGAUUGAUCGUAAGAAGUCGCUGCGUGAAAAAGUGAUUCGACCCAGGUUCGAACUGAGGACCGCCUGUGAACAGCGCAGAAGACUUGCGGACUGACUUGCGGACUGUUAGACAGAAGUGAUAACCAACUACACCAUCGA